CUACUUCAGUAGUAAAGAAUGUAGAUUUUUAUUAAUUGAUGGUUUUAUUGAAUUUACGUUCUUAAGUUGAAAAUCUCGUUAUUUAUAAUUUUAUAGUACUUCUAAAAUGCCAGAGAGAAUUGAAAUAUCUGUGAUCCCCCAAGAUUUGAGACAAGAGGAAACUAUUGUACAAAUUGCAGAAGCUCUAGACAAUUUAGAGUUUGCAGUUUCUCAUAUUUUUGACUCGAUAAAUAAACGGAUAACAGAAAAUGUUGAACGAAUAAGUGCAAUUCGAACUCGAGCAGCAAAACUUCAAGGAAAAAUAAAUUAUCUACAGACUAAUUUGAAUUUAAAGGCAGUUAAAUUAUAUUCUGCUGCAAAGUAUCCAGCAAUUCAUGUUUACAAAGAAUAUGAACUAGCUGUACAACCUAAAUUAAGAAAAAAAAUGUUACCUUAUGCUAUUUAUAAAAGUCCAGUUCCAAUAUCAGAUAAAGCAGAUAUACCACUGACUUCUGGUAGUAAAGUUGAGAAUGGACAAUAUGCUAGUAGUUUGAACAUGCAAGAAAAGUUACAAUUUUAUUAUGUCAAAUCAAAACCAAAUAAAAAAGCAAAAUCUUUGGAAGUAGAUAAGGAAUGGAUGUAUCAAAAUGUUUCUGCUAUUGGUUCUUUAUUACCUUUCAGUAUGAAAGAUUCAGGAAAUGCCUAUAAUUUGCAAUCUAUUCAGAAUGAUGAUAAAAGUCAAAUUGAAGAUGCUCCAGAUUCAAUUUUACAACCUUGGCAUUCUUCUGAAAUAGAAUCUCCAUCAACUUAUCUGUAUGCACCAACAUUAGGAGAGGCGCCACAAAUGAACGUUCCACUCACAUUACCCGAUCUACCAGGAGUCGUCGAUGAUGAACGAUUUUCUCUUGAUUUUAAUUUCCAAAAUCCCAUCGCACCAUCUUCGGCAACAGCCACACCAUUAGUUCGGAAGGAUCCACCUACUGUCGAAGAAAAUGUAGAAAAUCUGCAAACGAUUGAAAAAGCUCCAGUAGCUCCUAAAAUAAUUCCAAUUCCAAUCCAGAGUUCAAGUUCCAUUCCAGCACAGCCUAAAGAACAAAUUCCAAAAGAGACUGCCACUAUCGUAUCAACGACUAGUCAAUCGGUAGUACCUCCUCCACCUCCACCACCAUUACCUCCAUCGGCAAAUCCUCCCGAUGAAGAGGAGAAACAACAAACGAAACAACCCGUCAAGAAACCAACUUCGAUAAAACCUGCCGCUGGCGACGACAGGAGCAACUUGAUGGCUGCAAUUCGCGACGCUGGUGGUUUAGGAAAAGCAAAACUUCGACACGCUGAGCCUAUUGACAAAAAGGAUCGUUGGUCAUCGGCCUCGGUUGGCGGCGAUCUUAUGGCCGACCUGCACGCAACAUUGUCUCUACGGCGAAAGGGAAUUGCUGGUGCUAGCAGUUCCGGUUUGGCUAUGAAUGCACUUCAACGAUUAUCUCAAAUAAUUCCAGCUCCACCUAAGCCUGGCGAAUCAUCGGAUAGGAACUCGGUCACCAGUGAAUCACAAGAGGAUGAUGGCUGGGAAGACUGAGGUUUUUUCU